GUCAUUUUCUCUCAUUUUCUUUCUUUCUCUCUCCAGAAAGAAAACUUGCCGAGAAAGUUUCACUCUCACUGAGUGUGAAUCGUCUUCAUCACUCUUCACUACUCAGCUCACUGUGUUCAAUUUCAUCGUCUUCUCUUCCUUCCUCGCACUCACACUCACAAUGCAGCAGCAACCGGGCCAGGUUGAACCUUGCAAUAUAUGUGGCGACAUUGGUUAUGCUGAAGUAAUUGUUGUUUGUUCCAAAUGCAAUGUAACUCGUGAACAUGGUUAUUGUAUGCGGAUUUGUCUCACCGAUAUUCCUGACGACUGGUGUUGUGAAACUUGCCAAGCCAAAAAUGGUACAACUUCACCAUGUAAAGUUGACCAGAAUUUCAGCCCUCAGGCCCCUAAAAGGCAACGAGAUGUUAAAGCAGGAAAAGUGAAGUUCCUUCCUGAGGAUGAAGUAAUUAAACUUAGCUCCGGUAAUUUUCCAGCAAAACCUAUUCGAGGAAGUUCUAGUUUUAAUAUAGCCAGGAAGGCCCCUGUUGCAUCUAAAACUGUCGUUUCAAAGAUUCCCUCUCGCACAUCACCAUCACCAAUGGUACUUGGUAAGCUUCCAAUAAGUGGAGCACAGAGAAAUCAAAUGACUGAUAAGCAUGCUUCUCAGUCAUUAUCAAAAGGACCAACAAAAGAGCGUAAACAUUUAUCUAAGCUACAAGUGGGAUUCAUACCUGAUAGAAAAGUUAAGACUCUUGAUCUUCAAAUACAAAAGCCUACAAAAGAGGCACCAUGUGAAGAUUUAUCGGCAAGAAAAUCACUACCUAUCGGUUGUUCAGGUGAUAUCUUUGGUGCUGUUGCUGAAUAUGACAGAUCAAAUAUUGGAAAAAGUGAUAUUCUGAGUAUUCAGGAAAACUUCAACCUUCAUUAUAAAAGUCUUCCCUCUUUAAGUCCUACUUGGAGGGGUCAAUUCAAAAUUCUUCAGGCAGCUGCAUCGGGUGAAUUUUAUGACGUGUUUGAGGCCUACCCUCCAUGCUACGUCAGCAGGAAUGCAUACAAACUAUCAAAUGGAAUGCCCUCAGUCCUUCAACUGGAACCACUUCCUGCGUUGAAUAUCUUGGCUGAUGUAUUCCAGAAUGAUUCUCCCUGUCUCGAAGAUAUUGCAGUGUAUUUCUUUCCAACAGAUUCUGCGAGGUCAAUAGAGAACUUACAUAGUGUCUUUGAGUUUAUGAAUGCUGAACAAUCAUUGUUGAGAACUUCUAUAGAUGGAGUGGAGCUCUUGGUUUUUACCUCAAGUCAGCUUGAUAAGGACUCAAAGGUAACUGAAGGAUAUUUCCUAUGGGGAGUCUUUCGCCAUAAAAAAAUCAAUGAAGCUGAUGAAAGAUUAUUACUUAAGAUGGAGCCUGAUGAUAUGGAUAUGGAUAUCGAUAUGAUUGGAGGAAAGGAGCUAGUUGGAAUGAUUGAUUGGGUUCGAGAGAAACCAAGGAGUACCAUGGACAAACUGGAUGUUCCGCCAGGCUUUGAAAGAAAAUUUAUGUAAGAAGUUUUCAUUGUAAAACUUCAGUCAGUGAAGUAAAUAGCGAAAGAUAGUGUCUAACAGCUCAAUUUUUUGGAGACUCCCUUGACGUAGAAGUGUACAAACUUGGAAAUAUGGGCUUAACAAAUUGAAUUAGAAUAUGUUUGAUUGGUAUUGGUAUGUACUAAAAUGGUCAGAAAUUAUAGGUAUCUUAUGUACAGCUGAUGAACACUUAAUUAUGACUAGGAUGUAGAAUUCCCUUUGGAUAUAUCAGAAAAAGAAUUGAAUAUGUUCAUGCUUA